AAUAAAUACUAAACCAGAAGUUCUAGCCAUGGCUAUCGCUCGCCCACCUGGUAUGGACUUUGACCACAACUGGCCAGAGAGUACAGAAUGUUUGACGUUAGAUUUUGGUCCCUUUGAGACAGUUCAUAUGUGGAAACCAAUGCCUGAAUGUGAUGAAUUUGUUGGCGCCAGGCGAAGUAAACAUACAGUUGUUGCUUACAAGGAGGCGCUCUAUGUAUUUGGAGGGGAUAACGGGAAAAACAUGUUGAAUGACCUGCUGAGGUUUGAUGUGAAGGACAAGUCUUGGGGGCGCGCCUUCACCACCGGGAAGCCUCCAGCUCCACGCUAUCACCAUUCCGCUGUUGUUCAUGAGAGUAGCAUGUUUGUUUUUGGUGGCUACACAGGGGACAUCCAUUCCAACUGUAACCUGACCAAUAAGAAUGACCUGUUUGAGUACAAAUUUAACACUGGCCAAUGGCUGGAGUGGAAGUUUGACUCUAGAGAUGAUCUUCAAGGUCCUGUACCCAAUAAGGUCAACAGUCGCACAGUGGCCAGGACCCAGCGUCUUCCUGUUGCCAGGGCAGCACAUGGUGCAGCAGUGUAUGAUGGGAAGCUUUGGAUAUUUGCAGGCUAUGAUGGCAAUGCCAGGCUCAAUGACAUGUGGACAAUCUCCUUGCUUGGUGAUAUGAAGGGCUGGGAAGAGGUCCAUCAGAGUGGUGACAUCCCCCCUACCUGCUGCAACUUUGCUCUGGCUGUGGCUAGGGACUGCAUGUAUGUGUUCUCAGGACAAAGUGGCGCCAAGAUUACAAAUAACUUGUUCCAGUUUCGUUUUGAUGAUAAACAGUGGACUAGAAUCUCUACAGAACUUGUCCUGCGAGACACACCUCCCCCACCAGAAAAAAGAUACGGUCACACCAUGGUUUCAUUUGACAGGCAUCUCUAUGUCUUUGGAGGGGCGACAGGUCAAACCUUGCCUAACGAAUUACACUGCUUUGACUUGGACUCACAAACCUGGUCUAUCACAGAGCCAGCUCAUCAAAGUGAUAUACCAGCAGGUAGGCUGUUCCAUGCAGCAGGUGUUGUGGGGGAUGCCAUGUACAUUUUUGGGGGGACCAUUGACAACAACGUCAGAAGUGGAGAAAUAUACAGGUUUCAGUUUUCUAGCUAUCCAAAAUGCACUUUGCAUGAUGACUAUGGCAGACUCCUGGAGAGCAAGCAAUUUUGUGAUGUUGAUUUUUUGGUUGGAGAAGUGGGCCUGGACCAAAGAAAAAUUUCUGCUCAUAUAGCUUUAGUUGCUGCUAGGUCUCCAUGGUUACGAGACAAGAUAAGACAAUCAAAAACACAGCAAUCAAUCAAAGGGGACACAAGCAGGCUUGAAGUUCUGCUGCCAGACAAGGACCCAGGUGCAUUUGAAAUGAUUCUCUCCUACAUUUACACUGAUAAAAUCCAACCUGGCAAAAAAGGACAAGACAGCAACAAUAAUGAUGUGAUACUUGCGAUGAUGGAAGUUUAUAGACUAUCUCUACAGUUACAAAUGGGUCGUUUGCAACAUCUGUGUGUCCAGUUUCUGGAAGCAAGUAUAGGUAUCAAAAGUGUUCUAUUUGCCCUGCAAAAUGCUGCCAGACUACAGCUUGACUUCUUAAAGGGAUUUUGUCUGAGGUUCAUUGUGAAAGAGGCCAACUACAACCAGAUAGUGAUGAGCAAAGAAUUUGAAACCCUGGACAAGCCUCUGAUUGUGGAGAUAAUUAGGAGAAAAUUAGAACCACCAGUUCGUCUCCUUGACCCACAGCCUGAGCCAUUAGCAAGCAACUCAUUGGAACAAGACUUGGCCCAGUUCAGAGUUGGUGGCCAAGAGUUUUGUGACAUCACUCUGGUUUUAGAUGGAAUCCAUAUUCCGUCCCACAAGGCCAUUCUCGGGGCUCGUAGCAGCUACUUUGAGGCUAUGUUCCGAUCUUUUACUCCACAGGAUAAUUUAGUAAAUAUUGCAAUAGGAGAAAUGAUACCAUCCCGCCAAGCAUUUGACAGUCUGCUGAGAUACAUCUACCAUGGAGAUGUGGUCAUGCCCCCAGAGGACUCCCUCUAUCUCUUUGCUGCUCCGUAUUUUUAUGGAUUCACAAACAACAGGCUACAGGCUUUCUGCAAACAUAAUCUAGAGAUGAAUGUAUCCUACCAAAAUGUCAUCCAGAUCUUGGAAGCAGCAGACAAAAUCCAAGCAACAGACAUGAAGAAACAUGCCCUGAGUAUUAUUGUCCAUCACUUUACCAAGGCUGCAAGGCUACCAUCACUGCGAAGACUGAGCCGCGAGUUGCUUCUGGACGUCCUUGAUGCGCUGGCCGAUGAAAUGAGUGACUCCCGCGUGUGUCAGGAUUUAUCGGGAGUUAGUUUGACUGAUUCGAACAUGUCUUUGUGAUAUAUUAAAGGAUUUAUAAUUUUUGGCAAGUUGAUGAUUUUUCUGUGACGUUUUUUUUUUAGUUUUUGUAUUUAUUAUAUACACUACCAUCCCUUGCUAAAUUAAUACUAAAUUAGAUUUUAAUAAACAUAAAUUGAGAAGAAAAUAAAAAUGCUGAGCCGUUACAAAUAAUGAAAGUUAUUUAUUAAAAUAUUUUAUUUAGUAACGACGUUACAGAUUUCCAUCAUGGAAAUGUUUAGGUUUGACAUCAGUACUAGACAUACAAUUAAAAGAUUGUUAUUCUUUUAUUUUAUAUGUAUAUAUAUAUAUAUAUAUAUAUAUAUAUAUAUAUAUAUGACACUGAAUAUCUGGGUUUUGUUGUCAUUUUUUUUAAAGAUAAGAAUCCUAAAGAUUUUUUUUACACUCCUGGUCUUUCCUUGGAUACUGAUUUCAACGAAGAUUUCCACUUGGUAAUUUGAUGGAUUUUCUUGACUUUAUUUUGGUACACAACACUUUCUGUACAAAACCAAACUUGUUUAACAUUGAAUCUGCCUUCAAUAUGAGGUGUUUGUUUCCCCCUCCAGCAAUAUUUCAGCCCAGUGGUGAUGUUUGUUUUUCAAAACUGUCUGUUGGAAAGUUACAUUUUAAAAUUGUAUGCCAUUUUUUUGUGAUCACACAGACAUUUUUGUCUAAGUUUUGUAUGUUGUACAGUAUUAUAUCAACUAUGUAUACUCAUUGUUUUUUUUAGAAAAACAUAAUUGAUAAUAAUAAAAAUGUGAAGAAUGUUGACCCUCUAUACAUAAUUUUGUUAAAAAUUGUUAUAACUGCCAAUACUGACUAGAAUAUAAUAUAUGUUGCAUCCAUUUUAUUAUUGUUUCAUCAUAGCUGUCACAAAAAAUCAUUGUAAUUUAUAUAUAAUUGAAGAGGUUUUAUUUUUCUUAGUGAUCAGCCUACUUUUUAAAUAACUAGCAGUUCAUUUCACAGAGAUCAGUCUAAUAUUUUUAUAAAGGUUGUAGUUCUUUCAUAAUAAUAAUCUGUUUAGUUAUUUUAUUUAAUUCGAGUCAACAUCUUGUUUUUAAAU